UAUUAGACAGGGCUCUCAUGUGACUGCUUAUGGGAGGGUUUAAAGAUGAUUGGGAGCCAUCUUGCACACUCGCUUUACACCCCCAAAUAUAUGUCACAACUCUACACUUCAAACUUACAAACACAAAUACACGGAGAGAGAUUAUCAACCACCGCUUGUGGAAAACUUUAAAAUCUUCAAUGCUUGGGAGAGAAAGGAAUGGACAGAAAAAUAGAAAAGACUAACACUGGCUUUCAGGCCCUCGGUCUGUGAAACGUUCCUUUUGCGGAGACCGGAUUCAUUCGUUUGUUGAAGGAUAAUCAAAUCUUCCUGCAUAUAAUAUCUUUAAACUGUUGCUUGAAUGACAUUCAUGUUGAGAUGCACCACAACAGACUUGCAUAUUAAGAAAAAAGGACCUGGUCAAACAUAUUGCUUUAACUUUUUUGUGCGCUUCGGACACUGAGAGUGGUGUGGGAAUUUGCAAAUUAAAGUAUUAUCGCCGCUGAUAUUGUUACUCACCGUUUGGAAGAGAAAAUAUAUUUAAGUCAUGAGUACAGCCAGAAUGGAGAAUCCGGUUAUUCUGGGACUGUCGAAUCAGAAUGGCCAAAUGCGAGGCUCUGUGAAGCUAGCAGGGGGCCCUGGAGGUGGUGGAGGGGGCUCACAACCAACACAGCCUGCCCAGGUCAAGGGCUCCAGCACAGUCAACAACGGCAACCCCCAGCCUUCACCCACAGCCAACACCAUCAUUAAGCCUGGGGAUGACUGGAAGAAGAAUCUAAAGCUUCCUCCAAAGGAUAUGCGCAUGAAAACUUCAGAUGUGACGGCGACCAAGGGAAAUGAGUUUGAGGAUUACUGCUUGAAACGGGAGCUGCUUAUGGGCAUCUUUGAAAUGGGCUGGGAGAAACCAUCACCUAUACAGGAGGAGAGCAUUCCCAUUGCGUUGUCUGGGAGGGACAUUCUGGCAAGAGCCAAGAACGGCACAGGAAAAAGUGGCGCCUACCUCAUUCCCUUACUUGAACGCAUUGACCUGAAGAAAGACAACAUACAAGCGGUGGUCAUUGUGCCCACCAGAGAACUGGCUCUACAGGUGAGUCAGAUCUGCAUCCAGGUCAGCAAACACAUGGGCGGGGUUAAGGUCAUGGCAACUACAGGUGGAACCAACCUUCGUGAUGAUAUAAUGAGACUGGACGAAACAGUGCAUGUUAUCAUUGCCACUCCAGGAAGAAUCUUAGACCUCAUCAAAAAGGGGGUGGCCAAAGUCAACAAAGUACAGAUGAUCGUAUUGGAUGAGGCAGAUAAGCUCCUGUCGCAGGACUUUGUACAGAUGAUGGAGGAACUUCUGAGCUCCUUGCCCAAACAAAGGCAAAUUCUGCUGUACUCUGCCACCUUCCCAUUGAGUGUGCAGAAGUUUAUGAAUGCCCACCUGCAGAAGCCCUAUGAGAUAAACCUGAUGGAGGAGUUGACACUGAAGGGUGUUACCCAGUAUUACGCCUAUGUAACCGAAAGGCAGAAAGUCCAUUGCCUUAAUACACUCUUCUCCAGGCUCCAGAUCAACCAGUCAAUAAUAUUCUGCAACUCAUCCCAGCGAGUGGAGCUCCUCGCCAAGAAGAUCUCUCAGCUUGGUUACUCCUGUUUCUACAUUCACGCCAAGAUGAGACAGGAACACAGAAAUCGGGUGUUCCAUGAUUUCCGAAAUGGCUUAUGUCGAAAUCUCGUCUGCACUGAUCUUUUCACAAGAGGAAUUGAUAUACAAGCUGUGAAUGUGGUGAUCAACUUUGAUUUCCCCAAACUUGGGGAGACAUACCUCCAUCGCAUUGGCAGAUCUGGUCGUUUUGGACAUUUGGGUCUUGCCAUCAACUUGAUCACAUAUGAUGACCGCUUUAACCUGAAGGGUAUUGAAGAACAGCUGGGUACUGAGAUCAAACCCAUUCCCAGCAGUAUUGACAAGAGUCUAUAUGUGGCCGAGUACCACAGCGAGAGUGGAGAGGAGGUUAAACUGUGAGCAGGAGAGAUCACCAAUCUUUUGUCCCCUAUCUCCACUUUCUCCCCCUACUGUGUCUAUGGAAUGGGGGAUUUUUUUUUAUUCUUCUGUCCGUCUUCCUCUUCCCCCUCCUUUGUUGUCUUGUGCCACCACGAGGAAUGUGACGACCCAAUAAUCGGCAAGGACUCAUGGCCUAAUAAAGGACUGUUGCACCAAGAUUUUUUUCAAUCCUGAAGACUUCAAAUCACUUCGAGGAAGGAAAGAGGGGACGCGAGGAUUUAUCAACCAUGAAAAGAAAUGAUUACUCAUCGCCCACAAGCACAUUUACACACCCCGCUGUCGCCCUAUACCUCUGCUCACGUUUCUAGUCAUUUGUAACAAGUGCCUUAAUAAGCAGUCUAACUUGUUCGAAAGUAAUAAUCUGAUUUCCCAUCACUUUUUUUCUUUCUUUUGCUUUUAGUAGUGCUUGUCAGCAUCUCCCAUUUGACAUCAGAAGAUCAUUUUUGAAUUUGCCUCAGAUUUUAGGGGUGGUUAAGAAGAGGACUUUACAGCCAGCGAGCGAGCAGGUAGGGCAGCAAAUGUGAUUUGUGCAGUCCCUGGCGUGAAAACUGAGAUGAUAUCAGCGAUGAGCAUGGCAACAGUGAUGGGGGUUAACGUUCCUGUGGCAAACUUUCAAAAGCCCCACGAAGUUCUCUGUGGCUUUUUCCUUCAUCCGCUCAUGGGACAUGUCAUCCCUCUAGAGACCCAUAACUCUUUCCUCCUCAGUCUUCAGCGAGCCAACACUAAAAGACUUGAUCAGACUCACACCAGCCUUUUCUCAUGGCCAUGAGGACUUCCCUUUCAGAUGAAUGUGGUUUCUUUUCCCUUUUUUUUUUGCAUUCUUGUUGGGUAGGCACUCUGUCCUAAAUGUGCCAUUUUAUACAGAUUUGGCACAUUGUAAACAUUUUGUAAAUACUUUAUUUGUUUUUUUAAUAGAUUGUUUUAAAACGAGCUAAAAGGCUGGAUGACUUUUGAGAAGAAUGGAAAUACGAUCUUCAAUACAGGAUUCUGUCAGCACUGGACGGCACUUUUUUUCGCGCAUCUCUUUCCAUCUUUGGAAAAUUUAGCCAAGGUUAAACCUUUCAAGGCAGCGCACCACCCUAGUAAGACAAUUUGGACUAGUUUCGUUUAAUCCGAAAAAGCAUUUUGUUCGAGUACUCUAUUUAGGUUUCAGCAGGUGGUGCAGUCGGUCCAAUUUGCACUCGCGUGUACUUUAAAUUAAUAACCGCCAUCCAUUACCCAGUGUUGACACGAGUUCCUGAUAUGGAUAGCCGAAAUUAACGGCCUCAGUUAAGGGUUGUAAAAAACACGAGGCCUAUCCAGCGUUUUGCUUGUAACGCUGACUUACGAGGCACUCGGCAGGGUCCCUUGCCUGGGUGACUCUGAUCAUAGAGGUAAUUUAAUAUUUUCAUCAUGUAUUAGUGCUACUUGCUGCAGUGCAGCUCAAAUUGGCAAUGUGCAAAAACGUAGAGCGGGAUGUGUAGCUGUUACUUGGGUCUGCGUUCACUGCCGUUGGCGCUAGGACAUGACUUUAUUAUAUAGACCGUAUGGGGUGGUGGGAUUGACUUGGACGUUCCUAUUAGGGGAAAAAAGGAAAAAACUGGAUGCCAAGAAUUGGGAAAAAAUGGUCUGACACAAUGUAGCGGCAAAGAAAUGAUAGUGCACCGUAAGUCAGCUGGCUUUGUUUCUGUAAUAAGACCAUGUACUUAAGAUGCUGCACAGAUUUAACAGAAGAAUCUAAACCUUUGAAGUGUGGGCUGCACUUAUUUUGGACUGUAGUAGUUCAGGGGUCGGGCAAUAAUGCGGGAUUGGGGGCACUUCCUCGGCUUGGGCAAAAGUGUUCAGGUCGAAAUUGAUUUUUUUUGGGGGGGGGUAUUGUGGCAGGGAUGUGGGUAUUUAACAUGGGUGCUGAAAACCAAAUGAUUUUUUUUUUAAAGCAGAAUAUUUAUUUCCCCCUAACACUAAUAGCCUUGAAUGAUUUGCUUUUUAUUUUGGGGGAUUGAAACGGGGGCUUGUUUGAUACACUUGAGCUCUUCUGCUGCUUUUGACCCAUGGCGUUUUUGGGGUGGGCAGGGGGUUGGGAAGGAUGCAAUUUUUUGCCUUCUGUGAUAAUUUGGCGCAUUUAAAUUUGCUCUAACAUUGGUCCCCAUUUAAAGUUAAAUAGAGGUGAGAUGUUUUUAUAUUCAAUUGGUCGGCAUUGUCUGCUGUGGAAUGUUGCAUGGAGUUUUCAGGUACAAGCAAGGUUUCACUUCUGGCUGUCAGGUUACAAAAUUAAGCAAAAAAAGUUUUGUGACUUUUGUUACAUAACAUGCAACAUUGCCACAGUAGCACUGCUUGAAUCUAAGCUUGUAUUCUCUUCUUCUUUAAAAGAACAGAUGCCCCAUGUCUAGUCAACUACUUUCUUUGGACCUUUAAAAAAAUCUGCUUUAAAGAAGAGAGUAUGAGUUAAUGGGCUUGUUGGCAGCAGCCCAGUGUUUUGCAAAAGUCACUGCUGUGAAAAUCACUGUGCAUUGUUGAAAUGUUGUAAAGCAGCAUCUUAUUGAAUGUGCUGUGCUUUUUACUGCAGUGGUUGGGGUUUUAAUUUCACUUUAUUUUUGGUUUGUUUUUGGAAGAAUGAUGUGGAGAACAUCUCACCUGUUUAAAUUAUUACAGUUUCCCUCGUAUGUAAAUUUGAUCUUAUUUAACAAUCCACACAUUCUUCAGAAUAUUAUUAUUUUUUUUGCUGGGGUGGGUCGUUGGUUGGGAUGUUUGCUGCCCUGAUGCAUCUUGGUUCUUUGCCCUUGGCAGUUUCACAGUGGGCUGUUAAGUGUACAGGAAUAUUAGGAUGCAUCAGUCUGGGUUGGGGAUGGGCGGGGUGGGUGUUAAUGGGAAAUAAUUGGCGAACCAAAAAUUGAAAUCAACAACUUGGGAGUUUUGGGGUAAGGAAAAUUCAAUCUCUAAACUUUACCCUUAAAUUUGAGAUUUUCUUUUUGCUUAAGCAAACACUAGUUGGAUAUUGCAUAUUAAAAUUAAAAACUAAAUUUAUUUUCUUUUUGAAAUUUGGUCAUUUCAAUUGGCGUUGUUCUCAGUGAUGCUACAUUUUAAAGUUUGAAGUUAUGUGAUGAUGUAAAUGCAAUGGUUAACAUCUGUGAUGGUUUUUGUUUGAAAAUAAAGCUCACUGAAGUUCUAAUAAA